CUGGCGGCAACCCGCCGGCACCUCUCCUCCCCACCGCGCCUGCGCGCCCUGUCGCCACAGCAACGGCUGGCCGCGUUGCCGCAGCAUGUCGCUGCCCGAGCCCUUGAGGCGGCGGCUGGGCUCCUUCAGCCGCACCGUCUUCACCGACAGCCAGCGCACGGACCCGACGGACCCGGGAGACGGCGCAGACAAUGAAGUAGUUUCCAGUUUACCAUUGCAGAUGUCCCUCUAUUUCAACGUUUAUUUUUUCCCAUUUUGGUGGCUCAGCAUAGUUGUCAUGCUCCAUCUGAAGUAUCCAGACUUGUCGGAUUACUACAAGUUCAUCUUGGUCACGAUCAUGAUCCUGACCUCAUUAAUAGAGGUCAUUCGACUCUACCUGGGAUACAUGGGCAAUCUGCAGGAGAAAGUCCCUGAGCUGGCUGGGUUUUGGCUCCUGACUCUCCUCCUGCAGUUGCCUAUGAUUCUGUUCUUACUAUUUAACGAAGGUCUAAAAAUUCAGCCACUGGAGCGAGCAGUGAAUAGCAUCUUUGCUGUCUUCCUCACAUUCCAAGUCAUUGCAGCCUUUGUCACCCUGAAAAGAAUGGUGAACAAACUGGCAACUCACUUUCGCCUUAAUGAGUUUGACCACCUGGAGGAACAGCCCAUUCCUGGUUUUUAUGGCCUUGGUAAAGAAGAAGGAGCAGUUUCAGUGGCUGGUGGGGACCGCAGUGCUAGGGUUCACACACUGAGGCCUUGAGGAGCUAGUGGAGGCAGGCCUUGUGCUGCUACAGAGUUGUUUCCAUUUUGUUGGGUCUUUUUUUACCUUUCUACAUCAAAGAUAUUUAAAAAAAUAGAUACUGCUUAAAAGCCAACAUUAAACCUCAGAGAUUGGAGCUUCACUCUGCAAGGAAAAAAAAAGAAAAAAAUCAAAGCCAGUUACAUAACUGGCUUGAGUGGGCUCUUUGUGAUCUGCUACUGUGUCUGGAAACAAGCUCAACAGACUAGAUCUGGUGGUUUUUACAUUUUAUAAAGGCACAUGGUGGUUUUUAAAAAAUGGAAGCCUUUUUUCCCUCGCUUUGUGAAUGAAACACAUUGUUUUGUAAGCAAAACACAUUUUGUUUACAAUAAAUCUUUUAUACUUGUUUAUUGUGUGGAUA